GAUUUAUAAAAGCCCAAACCUUUAGUUGACGAUCUUCACCACUCCCCAUUUCACGCAUUCCUGUAAAGCUCAUUUUUUUUCUCUCUCUCUAAGCGUUUUUUGUCACUAGAUCCCUCUGCGAAGCUCUCUCUCUCUCUCUCUCUACGAAGGGAUCCAUAGCCAGAAUCAGAAAUGGGGCUGACAUUCACGAAGUUGUUCAGCCGGCUUUUUGCCAAGAAAGAAAUGCGAAUUCUGAUGGUUGGUCUCGAUGCUGCUGGUAAGACCACCAUUCUCUACAAGCUCAAGCUUGGCGAGAUCGUCACAACCAUUCCCACCAUUGGUUUCAAUGUGGAGACUGUGGAAUACAAGAACAUCAGCUUUACUGUCUGGGAUGUCGGGGGUCAGGACAAGAUCCGUCCCUUGUGGAGGCACUACUUUCAGAACACACAGGGUCUUAUAUUUGUGGUGGACAGCAAUGACAGAGACCGAGUUGUUGAGGCGAGGGAUGAAUUGCAUAGGAUGUUGAAUGAGGACGAACUGCGAGAUGCAGUGUUGCUUGUAUUUGCUAACAAACAAGAUCUUCCCAACGCAAUGAAUGCUGCGGAGAUUACUGAUAAGCUUGGCCUCCACUCUCUCCGGCAACGUCACUGGUACAUCCAGAGCACCUGUGCAACCUCAGGAGAGGGGCUUUACGAGGGUUUGGAUUGGCUCUCUAGCAACAUUGCAAACAAGGCAUAAAGCUCCUGGGGAGUUGUUUUGUGCACUGGCAAUUCUGGAUGCAGGGGUGAAUAUUAUCUAGUUCUUUUAAAAGACAGUUGGAUUGUGGUUAUGGCUUUUUUUAUUGCGGGAAUUUCUCUUUUUAUUAGGAACUUUGUGGCUAUAUUGUAAUAGAAAAAUGUCGUGGGAUAUAUAUACUUGAGCUUUUGGUCUUGGUUGUAUGCAAUUCUCUUAGCUGUAAUCAGAACCAAUUUGUUUCAACAUUUUAAUUGGUUUAAUACCUAUUAUGUUGAUUCUUGAGGUUGA